AUGACUGUCACUUACUCCAAUGAAGUGGCCAAUGCGACUUUCUUCAGUUUCCACCGGCUACUGCUGCGAUGGAGAGGGAGCAUCUACAAACUGCUGUACCGAGAGUUUGCAGUGUUUGGCCUGCUUUACACUGUCCUCAGUCUUGUAUACAGGCUUGCCCUUUCUGAAUCCCAGAGGAGACUAUUUGAGAAAAUAUCCAUGUACUGUGACAAAUAUGCAGAGCAGAUACCUGUCACCUUCGUCCUGGGUUUCUAUGUGACACUUGUGGUGAAUCGAUGGUGGAACCAGUUUUUGAACCUUCCUUGGCCUGACCGGCUCAUGUUCCUCAUCUCCAGCUGUGUACAGGGUAAUGAUGAACACGGACGGCUGUUGAGGAGAACUCUUGUCCGUUACAUAAACCUCACAUCACUCCUGAUCCUUCGCUCUGUCAGUACAGCUGUGUGCAAGCGAUUCCCAACUAUGGACCAUGUGGUUGAAGCAGGUUUCAUGACUCCAGAAGAAAGAAAGGUUUUUGAGAAUAUCCGUUCUCCUCAUCUAAAAUAUUGGAUACCGUUAGUGUGGUUCUCCAACUUGGCAACACAAGCUCGACACGAGGGCCGAAUCCAAGACAGCAUUGACCUGCAAAACAUUCUCAAUGAGAUGAAUACGUUCAGAACAUGGUGUGCAACUCUUUUUGGCUACGACUGGGUUGGAGUCCCUCUGGUUUACACACAGGUCGUUACAUUGGCCGUCUACACUUUCUUCUUCGCUUGUCUCAUCGGCCGGCAGUUUCUUGACCCCGCUCAGCGUUACCAUGGUCACGACCUUGACCUAUACGUCCCAGUCUUCACUCUAUUGCAGUUCCUCUUUUUCUCUGGAUGGUUAAAGGUGGCAGAGCAGUUAAUCAAUCCAUUUGGGGAGGAUGAUGAAGAUUUUGAGGCAAAUUGGAUAAUUGACAGAAACCUCCAGGUGUCCCUGUUGGCUGUGGAUGAGAUGCAUAUGGACCUCCCUCAUCUGAUCAAAGACAUUUACUGGAACGACAGUGAAGCCCGGCCACCUUACACACUGGCUGCUGCUGACUCCUGCAUCGCCUCCUUCCUAGGCUCAACCACCGACAUGGGUCUGUCAGACAUACUGCAGUGUGAUGAAGCCAGUAACACAAAACAUUUGCACCAACAACCAUCUUAUACACCUCGCCAACAGGAGUCGGUUCUGGGUCGGGUUCGUAGGCUGCUGAGUGUCCAAGAACCUCCAGAUCUCCAGCCUCCUCGACCUGUCUUCAAAAGACACAGCAGUGACGCAACUGGGAGCUUCUUCCCUAAUCUGGGGAUCACUCCACACUCAGAGACCAUAGUGACCCCUACUUCUCUUGUCAUGGUACACCCUGUCAUGGACACUCUGUCCACUGUGAGGGAGGUCAAUACCACCCCGCCCUCCCCUGAAUGCACUCACUCUGGGGUUUUUCCUCGACUCGUGGUCAGCCCUCCUCUUUUCUGUGAAGCUGCUCUAAAUGUGAGCCCAUCCGUCAUUGGUGCGGCCAUGACAUCCUAUAAUGGCUUUGAUGUGUCUUCUUCUGAGGAUGUUCCAGGCUUGGAGAUAUUACCAAGGUCCUUUUUUAAUUAAAUGUUUAAAUUUUUGGCAAGAAAUAUACUUAAUAUUUUUGUCUCUUACAGGAAGGGUUCCUCUGUCUGUUAUUCACCCACUCAACAUGGCCCUAAAGAGUUUCGGUGGACCAGAAUGAACUCUCUCUGUCACUCACAGACACGGCCAAGGCGGUGUCAUUUCUCCCUUAAGUUUUCCCGUCGUGCCUCUAAAGGGUCUGUACGCAGCCUGCCCAGCCCCAAAGCUCUGGGAAAACGAAGAGGGGGGCUGCCUCGCUUCCAAUUACGUAGCUCAGCCGCUCCACCUAGCAACACUCUGCAAAUCCCCAACUCACCAUAUGACCAGGAUUACCAGGGGACAGAGCAAACUGACAACAGGGAGCAGAGAGAAAACAACAAUGGCAAAGUUUGA